UUACAUCAUAGAAAUAUCGAAUGCCAGUCUUGAAGUUCUAGUAAUCCGAAAGCAUAGAAGAUUAAUUCUUAUCUGUUAAUGAAAUGAUUUAAUAAAAAAUGUUAUCUCCGUCUUUAAGUAUAACCACAUACCUGGAAAUAUAAUCUUUAUAAUGUUAUAACCUGUUGGUCUUACUUUAUUAGUUUCCUUCUUGCCAGGACAAAGUUGUUGAUAAGCUUGUAAUGCCCUUAUCACUGAACAGUUCUAUUAAAGCAAUAUUGAGGACAAAAUUUAGUAUUGAAUAUACAUGUGCGAGAACUUUAUCUGGCAAUGAGGUCCAUAAUCUCAAGAGAAUACUUAAUCCUCCUACUAAUGAUAAUCUAAAAGAGAGAAAUUAUUUAAAAUAUGCUGCUGGGCUGUCAGGACUUUGCUUAGGGUUAUUUUUGUACAAACACAAAGAUCUCAAGAGAAAUGUAUAUGCUGCUGAAGUUGAAACAGCCGGUAGAGCAAUCCCAACUCUACCAACUUAUAAUAUCAGCGAAGUCUCCAAACAUAGCUCAAAAGAAGUUGGUAUUUGGGUCAUUUAUAAGGAAGGAGUUUAUGAUAUUUCAGAAUUUGUUGAUAAACACCCAGGAGGUGAUAAAAUUAUGAUGGCUGCUGGUGGUUCAGUUGAACCUUUCUGGAUGAUCUAUGGAGUCCAUAAAGAUCCACAUAUUGUUUCUAUGUUGGAGCAGUAUAGAAUUGGAAAUCUUGAUAGUACAGAAGUUGAAAAAAGUAUAGAAAAUGUUUUCGAUCCCUAUCACAAUGAUCCCCUUCGACACCCUGCACUACGACCUUGUUCCACCAAGCCAUACAAUGCUGAACCUCCUCCUGAUCUACUUGUAGACAGCUACAUUACCCCACAGUACAUAAUAGUCAUUUUUCAUAUCUUUUAUGUGCGUAAUCAUCUUCCUGUACCAGAGGUUGAUUUGGAAAAUUAUGAGCUUGAAAUUAGUGGUGUAGGCAUAAAGAAUAGAACAUUUACCUUGGAAGAUUUGAAAAACCUUCCAAAACAUUCCUUUACAGCUUCAAUACAGUGUGCAGGCAAUAGAAGAAGUGAAAUGUCUAAGAUAAAACCAGUAAAGGGAUUAGAAUGGGGCCCUGCUGUUAUCGGUAAUGCUGUUUGGUCAGGUGUUAGGCUUAGUGAUUUAUUGACUGAUCUUGGAGUUACUGAAAACGGUGAAGGAAAACAUGUUCAGUUUGAAGGUUUGGAUUAUGACCCUAGUGGCUCCUAUUAUGGUUCUUCAAUUCCUCUUUACAAAGCACUUGAUAAAAGAGGUGAUGUCCUUCUGGCCUAUGAAAUGAAUGGUCAGCCAUUGUCAAGGGACCAUGGUUUUCCUUUGAGGGUUGUUGUACCUGGAGUUGUUGGAGCAAGAAAUGUGAAAUGGUUAAGUAAAAUAAUUAUUUCUGAAGAAGAGAGUUCAUCCCAUUGGCAGCAAAAUGACUAUAAAGGUUUUUGCCCUAGCGUGGACUGGGACACUGUAGACUUCAGCAAAGCACCAGCUAUUCAAGAGCUUCCUGUAAUAUCCGCUAUUUGUAACCCACUGCCAGGCCAGACCAUCCAUCUCAAUAGUGAUGGAAAGCUUCCUGUUAAAGGCUAUGCUUGGUCUGGAGGUGGGCGAAAAAUUGUCAGAGUGGAUUUGAGUGUUGAUGGAGGAAAAACAUGGAGUGUAGCCGAAUUCACCGAUCAAGGUGAAGCAGAGCACUCAAGACAUUGGUCUUGGACGCUUUGGCAGGCUGAUAUUCCUGUGCCUCCUGAAUCAGAUUCAGUUGAAAUUUGGGCUAAAGCAGUUGAUUCUUCCUAUAACACUCAGCCAGAAAGUUUUUCUAACAUUUGGAAUUUGAGAGGAGUUUUAGGAAAUGCUUAUCAUCGUGUCAAAGUUAAUAUUAAAAAACGAAAAUGAAAUAUGUAACAUAUUUUAUGAUCUUAUAAUAUAUACUGGUGAAUUGGAUUGUGGAAAGAUGCACAAAGAGACAUGAAAUUACAUUAUAUAUUAAUUUAAAUGUAAAACAUUUGAUAAACAUUAUAUUUUAUAUUAUUAGAUUAUUAAUAAAGUGAAC